GUCUGUCUGUCGCUCUCCCCCUCGGAGCCUGCUGCUCGGGUGACUUCUUCUUCUCCCUGCCCGGCCCCGCCUGGCACACCGGCCACAAGGGAGGGGGGGGACGCCGGCGCACCUGCAGCCUCCUCCGCUCCCCACCUCGCUCCCCCCCCCCCAACGUCCUCCGGCAUGGAUUACAGACCAGCGAGGGAAGCCGCGGGCACCGAUGCCCUUGCCUAGGGGGCACUGCCCAGGAACUGAAUCGCUGCCGCCGCUUCGGAGGUGAUCUUGGGAAUAAUUUUUGCCCCCCCCCCUUCAAUGGAUUGAGGAUUUAUUUUUUUUUGCUGACAGCGGACACUCACACACACACACACACCCACCCCAACAACACAAAAGUUUGGCAAAGUGUCUUGGCGUUCGAGACGAGGCUGGAAAGGGGGGGGUGUCCCCCUGGGCCCGGAUUACAAUGCCAGGGUGCCAGGAGGCGGCGGUCGGAGAGAGGGGGCUGCCCGGAUCCGCGGGGCGCCAGCACUGAGGACGCCUGCCCGCUUGCCGCCGCCGCCCCCGCCUUGGCACCAUGAAUGCCCCCUGCGGUGCCCUUCAGCUGCUCCUGGUCACAACCUUGCAGAUCCUGUGCUGCGCCGCCACGAUGAUGCAUCCUGAGGCUGAUCCAACCCAUCCAUCUGGGGAAGUGAUCCGGUGGAUGGAGGUGUACAACCGCAGCUUUUGCCAGCCCAAGGAGACGCUGGUGCCCGUGAGUGCCGAGCACCCCGGGGAGGUGGAGCACAUUCUGGUGCCCUCCUGCGUGCCCUUGCGCCGCUGCGUCGGCUGCUGCUCGGAUGAGGAGUUGCAGUGCGUCCCCGUCCAGAUGCACGUGGUGAUCAUGGAGGUGAUGAAGACCCGGUUCCCACGCAGCCACCUGGGUCAAAUGUCUUUUGUGGAGCACAGCGCAUGUGAAUGCAGACCGAAGAAACUGAUUGCAGACAAAACAGAAAGGGUACCUUGCCCGCCUUGUCUGGACAGACGGAAGCAGCCAGAUCCACAGACGUGCAAAUGCCGCUGCCGGCGGCGCCCUCGACGCUGCCGGAACCUCGGUUUGGAACUCAAUGAACACAACUGCAGGUGUGAGAAGCUCCGCAGAUGAUCCAACAGGAAAGCGAGGCGGAAGGGGGGCUGCAGAAGAACCCCUUCCCUGCAUCGCAUCAUCCCUGGAUAAGAAAUCUGGAAGGAAGGACUUGAGGAACCGAUCCCCUCCCGGCUGGAGAAGACAAUUCCUUGCAGGGAACAGACUAGGACUGCUUGUUGGGAAGACCGCCUUGUCCAGGAGAUGUUUGGCCACUGCCCGGAAGGGAUGCCUAUGGCCGCCUUGGCCCACGCCCUCCUUCUUUCUCUCUGUGCAGUGGAGUGAGGCUGCAGCACAUAAUGGCAGGACAGUCGCAGAAGCUCAAAGACCGCACCCCAGCCUAGAGACAUUUUAGAGAUGCUGCAUCCAUAUUUAAAAUCCCAAACCUGUGGUCUACCGACGUCUCUUUUAAUUUAAUGGCCUUCCCUCUGAAGGCGCUUUCUCUCGUCCCCCCCUCCUGCCCACUCCAUCUUUUUUACAUUCACGACCUUCCCGCGGCUGUGCUCUCUCCAGGAGACCACCAGGAUGACAAAAGAGGCACUUUUUAAAGCUUUGGCAGUGGUGGGAUCCCCACGUCUGCUUGUACUUCUCAUCACGCGAUGUUAUUCUUAGGAAUAUUCUUAUGUUAUUGUAAUAUUCAUAUCCAUAAAGAUCUGCCUGUAAGACCCUGCCACGGGACAGCGAAUGCUCUGCAGCUGGCAGCCUACCGAA